UGAACGUUGUGGCCAUGUUGCAUCACUUCUGGGAGCAGAAACAGGUGAAGGGCUCCGACACCCAAUCAGAGGACUCGUUGAAGGGCUCUGUCAGCCAAUCAGAGGACUCGGUGAAGGGCUCUGUCAGCCAAUCAGAGGGCUUGUUGCUGUAUGAGUCGGCCCCCUCCCCAGGACCCCCUUACAUCUGCUACGUCACUCUGCCUGGAGGAAGCUGCUUUGGAAACUAUAUGGUAACUGCCAUAAUAACCAUCAUGACCACAGCUACCUAACCCACCUCAACCAUUACUACUCAUCUAACAUUAUCUAGUUCCAAUGUGGUGGAAAGCUAGGGUUGUUGGGGGUAGGGGUAGGGGUGAGGGGGUAGGGUUGGUGGUAGGGGGUGGUAGGGGUUAGGGUUUGGGCAGGGGUAGGAGUGGUUGGAUAAGUUUGGGGUUAGGGUUGGGGUUGGCGGUAGACGAGAGGUGGGGGUAAGAGUUGGGGGCCAGGUGGUUCUUCUCAUUAGCCCAAUGACAGGAGCCCACCAUGGAGUAGAGACAGUGUUUCCAUAGCACAGCCAAUGACCACCACUGAACUGCUUUAACGGUGCCCUGUCAUUAGUGUGAGUGAGAAAACACAGGAGUGCUGCUCAUGUAACGGAGUUAAGAACGUACCGUAAGAUUACGGCACAGUGGAGGAAUAUAUACUGUGAGCAGCACACUGCGGUGACCCGGAUCAGCAGUUGGGCUCAGCUCAAUGGCCGGGGUAGCUCGCUGUGUAGCGAGUUUAGAAGGGUUAGGAGUAACAGAGUUCAGAAGGUAUCGUAAACUCACUCCACAGCUAGCUUGAAAUGUCACCGAUGGAGCUAUCGAAUUAGAUAUUUUUCAAUAGCUCAAACAGUUGGUACAUUGUCAAGGAGGGUGGUCACGUGUGUCUGUGUGCAGAGAAUCAAUGGUUCGACACUUCGAGCUCGGUAUGGGGACGGGGUCAGUGUAGGAAGAUACACUGUGAGCAGCACACUGACGUCCGUUUAAAUGAGCCCUGCUGUGGGUCUGAAUGGGGUGCGGAGGGCCUCAUUCCUGCACAGCCCUAAAGAGAGGUCCUUCAUCUAUACCCGUCAGACCCUGCGAAGCACAGACACACACAUACACACACACACACAGCCUCUCCGCCUGCUUUGAUUACUUUAUUCAGCUGGAAUCCCAUUAUGCUUUUCAAAGGGCUCAUUGUGGCUCACGCAGCCUCCCAGAGGCUCUCUGAUUGGUUCAGAUCUGCCUCUGAUGUCAGAAUCUGAUUCCACAUUUGAUUGCUAAUCCCAUGAUUUGCUCUUAUAAACUAUCAUAAACAUGUUGAAGAAACUCAUGAAACGAACCAAAGCGGAGCCAUUUCCUAGAUCGCCUUCAUUUCUUUUCCAGUCUGAUCAUAUUCAUGCAAACAGUGAUCAGCUGCAAAUAUAAUUUACACAGAGGGACUUAUGUCUCUCUCUUUUCUCUCCACUUCCUCUCUCUCCCAACCUCUCACCUCUUUCUGUUUCUCUGUAGGAGUGUGAGAGCCAGGCGAAGGCUCGUAGGGAUGCGGCGCGUGUCGCUCUGAUAAACUCUCUAGUGAACGAGCUGCCGUCUAGACGAAUCACUCCUCAGUUCAUCACACACAGCCUGCAGGAGGCUGCCUCAGCCAGCACUGUGAGUCUAGCACAAGACUAACUCUAGCACAGGACUGACUCUAGCAUAGGACUGACUCUAGCACAGGACUGACUCUAGCACAAGACUAACUCUAGCACAAGACUAACUCUAGCACAGGACUGACUUUAGCACAUGACUGACUCUAGCACAGGACUAACUCUAGCACAGGACUGACUCAAGCACAAGACUAACUCUAGCACAGGACUAACUCUAGUACAGGACUAACUCUAGCGCAAGACUGACUCUAGCACAAGACUGACUCUAGCACAGGACUAACUCUAGCACAAGACUGACUCUAGCACAAGACUAACUCUAGCACAAGACUGACUCUAGCACAAGACUGACUAGCACAGGACUAACUCUAGCACAGGACUGACUCUAGCACAGGACUGGCUUUAGCACAAGACUAACUCUAGCACAGGACUAACUCUAGCACAGGACUGACUCUAGCACAGGACUGACUCUAGCAUAGGACUGACUCUAGUACAAGACUAACUCUAGCACAGGACUGACUCUAGCACAGGACUGACUCACGACGACUAAGCAUUAGCAUGGCAGCAUCGAUACGAUAGAAUAUAUCCUGAGUUAUUGAUAAUGAAAAGCUCUCUUGUAUUGACUGACUGUGUUACUGCAUGUUGCGUCCAGGUCUCUGUGGAGGAUGCCUGUGAUCCUAGCACCAGUAUAGGAACCUAUUGUCUCCUGCUCCAGUCAUACACAGGCAGAACCAUGCUGGAGUUCCAGGUAAGGACAGGAUUAUCAUAGGAAUAUGUUAUAGGCUAGUUAUGUUAUAAUAUAUCCUUGCUGGUCUAAUUAUUAUUUCAAUCUUGCACUGCAAACAUUAUCUCAUACCUAGUAUUUUUUUUACUUUUUGCUGAACCUAUUCUUUGACCUCCACCACCUGUUCAAAGCAAAGUUUCAUCGCACUAGUUCCAUCUGUUUCUGAUAAUUACCCUUAUCAUUUAUAACACCAUCUAUGGAUACAUGGCAGCCAUCCAGCCAUCCAGCCAGACAGAAUGCUCUCAAUCACAGCUUCAGCAGACAGGCUUGGAACAUAAAGGUUUAACGUAACUUUUCAAACUAAUCACACACAGUUUGAUUAAGGAUUAGAAAAAAAUUCUGAUCAUCUAUCAUCCCUGUCCUGCGUAAUUACACAAUUCAUACUUGUCAACUUUCACACCGUUCUGUUAUUGUUCAGGUCUUGCUCCCAUAUUUACCUCUCUCCCAUAUUUACCUCUCUCUCUCUCUCUCUCUCUCUCUCUCUCUCUCUCUCUCUCUCUCUCUCUCUCUCUCUCUCUCUCUCUCUCUCUAGGAGGUGAUGACCGUGUUUCAGUUGUUACACUGGAACGGGACGUUGAAGAUUCUAAGGAAGAGACAGUGUUCCCGCCAGGCAAGCCCCUCACCUGGAUAUUCAAUUAUACACUGAGUAUACCAAACAUUAAGAACAAACCUUCCUUAUAUUGAGUUAAUCCCCCCCCCCCCCCCCCUUUGCCCUCAGAAAAGUCUCAAUUCAUCGGGCCAUGGACUCUACAAGUUGUCAAACGCAUUCCACAGGGAUGCUGGCCCAUGUUGACUCCAAUGCUUCCCACAGUUGUGUCAAGUUGGCUGGAUGUACCAUUCUUGAUACACACAGGAAACUGUUGAGCAUGAAAAACCCAGCAGUGUUCCAGCUCUUGACACAAACCGGUGCGCCUGGCACCUAUUACCAUACCCUGUUUGUUUUGUAUACUCAGUGUAUAAGUUAACUGGGCCCCGUGUAGCUCAGUUGGUAGAGCAUGGCGCUUGCAACGCCAGGGUUGUGGGUUCGAUUCCCACGGGGGACCAGUAUAAAAAAAUAAAAAAUAAAAUAAUGUAUGCACUCACUAACUGUAAUUCGCUCUGGAUAAGAGCGUCUGCUAAAUGACUAAACAAAAAUCUAUAGAGCAGGGGCGAUUGAUUGGUUGUUACUCUUUGCCCCCACAGAGUGUGAUUGGUUAUUACUCUCAGCGAGGGCUGGACGCCAGCAUGCGCAGCAGCAUGGCUCUGGAUUGGCUGGGCCAGGAGCGGCAGACUCCAAGGCAGUUGAGGGCAGAGCUACAAGCAGCACAGAGUGAACUGGACGUGGCUAGGCGUCAUGGAAAUGAACUCCGCUUCUACAAGGAAAAAACGGAGAUCCUUAGCCUGGCACAGAGUCACGCAUUCACACAUCAACCACACACAGAUACACACGGACCACACACAGAUUCACAAGAAUCAGCU